AUGGAGUUUACUAAUUUAUCAGCGAAGCCUGAAAUUGCUGAAAAAAUAGAAACAUUGGGAGAAACCCCACUGGAGUUCACUUCUAGUUUUGCAGAGGGUGGAAAUGUCAGUGAGACAACCAAUAUAGUUAAAAAAGAAAGAUUUGGUGUAUUUAAGGGGAAAAUACAGGGGAAACUGAUGUCAUUGAAUAGAAGGAUAUGCAUUAUUAUUUUGUUGGUGAUCAUUAUUGCUUUGGUCCUGGCCUCGGUAACUACGGUUGUCACAGUGUAUGUCCCAUGCCAAGAGAAAGCUGCAGCAGUUGUGAACAAAGGUGACUGUGACAUGGAUCUGAGUGUAGAAAAGGGGCGUGUUGUCAACAUGAAAGGAAACAAGCAUGGGGACACUGCUGAGAUUGAAUGUGAAGAUGGACAUAAGUUAGUUGGAACUAACUUUAUAACUUGUUUAUCGUCCAAUGACUGGCAUGAAAUUCCGAGAUGUAUCCGCAAACAUUGUGAAACUUUCAUUGCACCACCGAAUUCAGAAAUGAAACAUAAGGUGAAUUCCACAGAGGUUGGUACAAGACUAUCCAUUUCUUGCAAAGAAGGAUACGCUAUACUUGGAAUAGAUUCCGUAGUAUGUCAAGGCAACGAAACCUGGUCGGAAGCUCCAAAAUGUGAACCAUACGAUUGUGGAAUUCCAACACCGCCACCAAAUGGUAGACUAGUAAACCCUAACGGCAAAAAAAUAAACGACACAUACAAUGUCAUCUGCAAUGAAGGAUAUUCCCUCAAUGGAACUAACAUCGCCAAGUGUCGAAAUAACGGCCAAUGGAGUGAAACUCCACAAUAUCACUGUGAACUCGCUACCUGUUACCAUGGUUACUGUCAAGCAAAUAAAGAAAAUUUUACAUGUGUCUGCAAUUCCGGAUAUACUGGAUUGCAAUGUGAAAGCGAAAUUGACGAGUGUAAUUCCAGUCCAUGUAUUUAUGGCGUAUGUGUUGAUAAAGUUGAUGGGUACUCGUGUACUUGUGACCUUGGAUACGAAGGAACGGUAUGUGACAUAGAAAUUGACGAGUGCGAGUCUAAGCCUUGCCAAAACGGAACAUGUGUAGAUAGAACAGGAAACUACACUUGUGUCUGUUCACCUGGCUAUACAGGGAUCAACUGUGAAAACGAUAUUGACGAAUGUACAUCUGGUCCUUGUAAGCACGGCUCCUGCAUUGACCUUAUUGGCGGCGGUUAUAACUGUUCUUGCGAUAGCGGCUUCGUCGGCAAUGACUGCGGCAUUGAUAUCAACGAAUGUAGUUCUAGUCCAUGCUUGCACGGUAAAUGUGUUGAUGGUAUUGACACAUACACGUGCGACUGUUUCAAUGGAUAUAAUGGUGCAAACUGCGAUAAUGAUAUGGAUGAAUGCAUGUCAAAUCCAUGUACACACGGAACAUGUGUGGAUGGUGUGGGCCAAUACAAUUGUACAUGUGAAAGUGGCUACACAGAUUUCAACUGCGAACAAGAUGUAGAUGAAUGCAGUACCAGCCCAUGCCAGCACGGUGAAUGCAUUGACGGUAUUGAUACAUACACAUGCGAUUGCAACAGUGGAUAUAAUGGUACAAACUGCGACAAUGAUAUCGAUGAAUGCAUGUCAAACCCAUGUACACAUGGAACAUGUAUGGAUGGUGUGGGGCAAUACAAUUGUACAUGUGAAAGUGGAUACACAGAUUUCAACUGCGAACAAGAUAUAGAUGAAUGCAGUACCAGCCCGUGCCAGCACGGUGAAUGCAUCGACGGUAUUAAUACAUACACAUGCGACUGUAACAAUGGAUAUAAUGGUACAAACUGCGACAAUGAUAUAGACGAAUGUAAUUCAAACCCAUGCCUGCACGGGAAAUGUAUUGACGGUAUUGAUACAUACACGUGCGAUUGUAACAAUGGUUAUAACGGUUCCAAAUGCGACAAUGAAUUAGAUGAAUGCAGUUCAAGCCCUUGUGUGCACGGAACAUGCGUUGACGGUGUUGCAGAAUACACUUGUAAUUGUCAAAACGGUUACACAAACGUCAACUGCGAUCAGAAUAACGAUGAGUGCAAUUCUAAUCCUUGUCAACAUGGUACAUGUGCUGACGGUAUUGAUAUGUUUACAUGCUAUUGUGACAGAGGAUAUACAGGCGUAUUGUGUGAUAUCGAAAUAGACGAAUGUAAGCCCAAUCCAUGCAUUCAUGGAACCUGUGCUGAUUUGAUUAAUGGUUACAGCUGUUUCUGUUCAAGUGGUUAUUUUGGUGUCACCUGUGAAUGUAAUGGUUAUUAUAUGUACAUCGAAACAACAAGCUGGUCACGAGGAUACUAUGCUGAUCUUUUAUCACCUACACUUGAAGCCAAAAAAGCUUACUGUAUUCAGCUCUAUACGAAUAUGUAUGGAUCAAAUAUGGGUUCAAUAUCUCUGCUAGUUCAGGAAACUAAUCGGAAUACGCCAGUUUCAUUGGUGACGUACAAUCAGGCUGAUGGUUCGCCAAUAUGGAGAAAACGAAGUGUCAACAUUUCUGUUCGACAAAACCCUUUCAAAAUUAUAAUUAGAGGUGUGAAGGGUACAGGAUAUAGGAGCGAUGCUGCCAUAGAUAAUACAGUUAUAAAAGAUGGCACUUGUUAA